GCACGAACAAACCAUGUGGGGAGGAAACGGUGCUGGCCAGAACGCCAAGCUUUUGCAGCACAAGGUCCUUACUUUCGAUGUCUAUGGCACGCUGAUGGACUGGGAGACCGGGAUAUUGAAGGCGCUCGAGCCGAUCGUUGCGGGUACAUCACUGAAGUCCAAAGCCGAGAUCUUGGACGCCUUCGAGAGCGUCGAGACCGAGCUGCAAGCGCGUUAUCCAGAGAUGCGGUACAGCGAGCUACUGGCGCGUACCCACGCAGAGCUGGAUGCGCGCCUGCACGGCAAGCCCAGACCACCAGAACCCACGGCAGGGGGCACUGAGGCCACGGUUGAGACAGACUUGAAGGAGGCAGGAAGCACGAGCGUCGGCUCGUCUGCAUCCGCAGAGGGGGCCGGCGAAGUCGACCCCCACACUGCGUUUGGGCAGAGCAUCGCGCAAUGGCCCGUCUUCCCCGAUACGAUUCCCGCUCUCGCGUACCUGAGCCAGCACUUCAAGCUGACCGUCCUCUCCAACGUCGACCGCGCCUCAUUCUCCGCGACGCAGCGCGUGCUCGGGGGGCCGCCGGAGGCGCGCAACUUUGCGUUUACGGCGGUGUAUACCGCCGAAGACGCGGGCGCGUACAAGCCCGACCCCAAGGCGCGUGCGUACGCGCUGCGCCGCAUCGAGGAGGACCUGGGCUUCAAGAGCCACGAGGUGAUCGUCGUCGCGAACAGCGUGGAGGCGGACAUUGCGCCUUCGCAUAAGAUCGGGCUGGCGACGGCGUGGGUCAAUCGAGAGGGCUCUGUCAUUGGAAAGAACGAAGUAGAGGGGUCAAGGGCAACGUUCAAGUUUAGGAGUCUAGGCGAAAUGGCGGAAGCGCUCAGGCGAGAGGUCGAGGGAGCGUAAAUCAGUCCGAUGAAAUGGUUUCCACAUGUACGCCAAAUUAUAAAGUUUAAACCAACGUAUAUAGCUAUACAUCCGAUAUAGAGCCUGGAUCAAUAUCAUCUGGGCUUCACUGGG